GCGCCAGGGCCCGCCCUGCCCGGUCGGACCCAACGGAUCGGUGGAUGCUGCCAGGCGAGGCUGGAGCACCCCCGAGGCUGGUGCCCCCACUUUCCAACUGCACGAUCCCUGCGCGCGCGGAUGCAUCUGGCCCGGGACGCAGGCCUCUCCUUCUGAUGAAAAGAGAAAGGAAGAAUGGACUACAAUAACCAAACUUCCCUAGUCCCAUGUGGACAGGAUAAAUACAUUUCCAAGAACGAGCUUCUUCUACAUCUCAAGACCUACAACUUGUAUUAUGAAGGACAGAACCUGCAGCUCCGACACCGAGAGGAAGAAGAUGAAUUCAUCGUUGAGGGGCUGCUGAACAUCUCCUGGGGGCUGCGCAGGCCCAUCCGGCUGCAGAUGCAGGAUGACCACGAGCGCAUCCGCCCACCUCCGUCCUCCUCCUCCUGGCACUCUGGCUGCAACCUGGGCGCUCAGGGCACCAUCCUGAAGCCCCUGACCAUCCCCAAGGUUCAGAUUUCAGAAAUGGAUUCCCCUUCUGACAGCAGUGAGACACCUGGCCCCACAGACUCCAGGGGCCUGAAGCCUGUGCAGGAGGACACGCCACAGCUGAUGCGCACUCGCAGUGAUGUUGGGGUACGUCGCCGUGGCAAUGUGAGGACACCCAGUGAUCAGCGGCGGAUCAGACGUCAUCGCUUCUCCAUCAAUGGACAUUUCUACAACCACAAGACAUCAGUAUUCACACCAGCCUAUGGCUCUGUCACCAAUGUCCGCAUCAACAGCACCAUGACCACCCCACAGGUCCUGAGGCUGCUGCUCAACAAGUUUAAGAUUGAGAAUUCAGCAGAGGAGUUUGCUUUGUAUGUGGUCCACACCAGCGGUGAAAAGCAGAAGCUGAAGAACUCCGAUUACCCCCUGGUCGCCCGCAUCCUCCAGGGCCCGUGUGAGCAGGUCUCCAAAGUGUUCCUGAUGGAGAAGGACCAGGUGGAGGAAAUCACCUAUGACGUGGCCCAGUACAUAAAAUUCGAGAUGCCGGUCCUUAAAAGCUUCAUUCAGAAGCUCCAGGAGGAAGAAGACCGGGAAGUUAAGAAGCUAAUGCGCAGGUACACUGUGCUUCGACUAAUGAUUCGGCAAAGGCUGGAGGAGAUAGCCGAGACCCCUGCAAGUAUCUGAGCCACAGGAAUGUGGAGAAUCCAGACUCUCCAGGGGCUGCCACUGACCUGAAGAGACCCACAGAAUGCUGGACGCUUUCCUUUGCACGUGUGUGUAUGUGUGUACAUGUGUGUGUGUGUGUGUGUGCAUAUGUACGUGUGUGUGUGUGUGUGCGUUUGUGUGUGUGUGUGUGCGCGCAUUUUAUGUCCAUGUGCCUCCCUGAUGUUUUCACAUGCAAUUAAAUUCCAAGCAGCCAGCACAAGUGCCAUGAGGGUAGCAGACAUACUGCCUGUGGGUAGGACGGUAACUGAGAGGCUUUUGGCUCCUCCACUGCCGGGGCAGCUCGCACAUACCUGCCAUGUUUGGAAAGAUAGAGAGUUCUGCCAGCUCACCAUUUGGAAUAUCUGAAGAGAUUCUUCCCAUAUGCCAAGAAAGAUGGGUGACUGUGAGAGCCUUGGAAAUGAAUGAAGUAACAGCCCCACAUACACUUGGGGCAAGUCCACUGGGAAGAAAAAGUGAGACCACUGUGGGGUAGAUGCAAUGAGUCCAUAGUUUUUACACUGGAAACGUGAUCAUUUUAAAGAACACGAUGAGCAUGCUGCCCUGUGGGGAUGCCUGCAAAGAAUGGAUUCUGCCUCUGUCUGUGGCUCCAUGGACACCUCAGGAGUCAGGGAGCUGGGUGUUUCUGCUCACCAAACUGCCAGCUCAACUCUUUGAUGCUUUCUUGGCUUAAAGAAGUCUCCUGAAACAAAGGUCUCUCUGGGUUGCACACAGCUCCAGCUGGCUCAUGUGCCCAGGGCCAGGCUUGUACUGAAGUAGAUGGUAUUCAGAAAGCUUUUAAGCACUUCUGUGGUACUGGAAGAAAGGACAGAGGCCACCUGCAGAAAUGAUAGGUGCCUUCAGUCAGCCAGUUUUCCUCCACGUGGAGUCAGGGCUUUUCAUUUGAAGUCAACAUUUGAUUCUUUCCAGUCUCUGGAUUCUUUCAAGCUCCCUCAACCUGCACAUGCAGACAGACUCCAAGAAUGAGGAGUUGUCCUGUUGCUGACUGAGCAUGGAGCUUAAGGAUGCUCUUUGGGUUGUCCCAUGAGGUUGUGCAGACAGGAUGGAACUUGCUCAGCCUCUGAGCAGCCAUGCUGCUGAACUUUAGAACCAGCCUCAUUUUGCAGAAUGGGCAGGAAUGGUCUGUUCACUGUGUUCCCUACUGGGGAGAUUACCAUGCAGCUGGGUGUCUGUGUGGUUGAUGCCAUUUGAGGCAAGAGAGGCAGAUACUAGGAGCUGGGUGGUGUAUUGUGGAGUUCAACCAAGCAAGACAAACAGCUUCUAAGUCAGAUGUGUCUGAGUCUUGCUGCAGUGAGGUGCUCUUCUCCACUGGCUCACCAAGAAAGCUCUGCAGAGCUGGGAAGUUGAGGGAUGGAGGGUCCCUCAGCAGAGCCUCUAAGACAUUCUCUGGUCCACCAGUCUCCUUAGGAGGCUCACAGAUGUGCUCUCAUUGUGGGCUUUUAAAAAGCUAGCUUGUAGCCCGCCAUUUUCUGGGGGCUGUUGCCUUAGGAGUGGAAACUCAGAGGGGUUUCAACUCAAUCAUACACUCCUGUGCACAUCAGCAAAAAGCACAGAUUGGGGGGAAACUGGGGUUGGAGGUAGUUGAGGCUUCUCACAUUACAGGUGGAAAAGAGCAGUUUUGUGGAUGCAGAUAUUUGAGAAAAUGAUUUGAACAGUUUCUCUUACGGAUUUUUUUCUUGGAUGUUCAAAGCCUGCAUUGCCCUAAUGAUUCUUUGGGAGCUGGUAGGAAUUUUCUCAAAGCAAAUUAAGAACUAUUUUCAAAUAUGUUUGAUAGAUUUAUCUUUUUCUUCCAGAGCUGAGGGUCUUCUGCUUGCUACCAUUGAGCUGAAUCCCCAUCCCCAUAAGCACUAACUCUUACUGGUUUAUAAAGGCUCCCUGUAAUCGCAUUAGGACUAUGACAGUGUUAAGCAGGGGAUGUUGUAAAAUGUCAGGUUGCCAGGCACUCUGUGAGAACCUGAUGCCAGCGUAGGUGUCUUUUUCAGGAUAGGGCUCAGAGUAGGAGUAGGGGUAUACUUCCACUAAUGUAGGCCACAAUUUUCCAUCUUGACCCAAGAUCAUUUAUCAUAUCCAAAGAACUGAUCAAGAAUUUUAGGGCUGGCGAUGUGGCUCAGUGGUACAGCACUUAGCAUGUAUGAGGCCUUGAGUUACAUCUUCAGUACAAGGGGAGAGAAAAGGUAGUGGCUGGGGGCGCAGUGCUGUGGUAGAGCAAGUACUUAGUGUGUGUAAAUCAGGGCCUGGUUUCCAUUUCUGUCACCACCCCCACCCCCACCCCCAGUGAACUUUGGAAACCCUUGGAAUAGCCACAGCUAAAACAGACCACCACAGUGUGGACUGGAUUUUCUCACUGGUAUCACUUGGCCUUGCAGCUUUGAACUCUGACUGAUUGGUGUGGGUUUAUGCAAUUGAGUGCAAUGAACCUGAAAUCCUGAGGAAUCAGACCAAUGCACAGUGGUUUUGAAUCCACUUAUGAAAAGCAGUUUAGAUGUGUCUGGGUUUUUUAUUCCCCUGCAAAGGCUUAUGUUACAAAAUGAUCAGAUGAAGGGAACACCCCACACCUUUCAAGUAGGGUGGUCGGAUUAAGCCCAAGGUCACAUUCUUGUUGAUCGUAUUAGUGGGGAGGUGAUAGUUUAAAACAGGAGGGGGUGUUACUUGGAAAGGGACCCAAAGCACAAAUGCCAGCCUGCCUGCCUGUAUCAGUGAAGGGCCCACACCGGUCACAUGCUGGAUGGACUGCAGCUUGGAGCAGAGGCUGAGAGCAUCUUAGGAGGAGAGCCCCGAGGCUCAAGGUCAGGGUGUGCCUCUAAGACAUGCUCAUGUUUCAGGGAGAAAUAUUUGCACCCUACUCCUUACCAAAAGAAACAUGCUUCUAGAAACUUCCAGAUAAAGACAUUUAUCAUCUUAUCUGUGACAUUUGAUGACCCUCCAAAAUCUGUUGUCCAUGCAAAAACAUCUUGGCAGGAAUUGUGUUCUGUGGAGUUGGUGUUUAUUUAGUGUCAGGAGGGUAAGAGAAGAAAGGAGCCAAAGGGGGCAAGAAGCAUUCAAAAGAAAAGAAUGGCUCUUUUAAAAACAAAACCUUCAAAAUGAAACCUGUACUUUACUUAAAGCUUUGUAACAUGGAAAACCAUGGACACAUUGGUGCCAGGGACACAUUUCCAAGCGAAAAAUUUCCAGUGACCAAGGGAAGCAUAGUGUCCCAUAGCAACAAGCCCUGUGGUGGAGAUAAAGUAGGGGCAGGAGGUGGGGGUGGGGUGGGGGCAGGAACCAGCCCUGACCUCGUUCCUGAAGCAGCAUGGGUUUUGGAGUUUCUGCUGAAAUUGUUUUAUGUAAAGUCUGACUUGUGUCAGAUGAUAGGCUCUCUUAGAUGAAAAGAAGCACACGUGGGGGCUGGAGAGAUGGCUCAGUGGUUAAGAGCACUGACUAUUCUUGCAGAGGACCCAGGUUUGAUUCCCAGCACCCACAUGGUGGCUAACAACCA